GCUAUGGUGAGAUGAGGCCUGGGCAGGGAGGGGAAUAAGAGGUGGGGGCGGGAGGCCGACGGCGAGCGGGCAGCCAAGCUCGGCCGUUUUCAAACAGUGCCGAAAAAAGUGGUGAGGACUGAGAGGUACAGAUUGUGAGACAUGGGCAAGAAAGGUUCCUCAGAGCACAGGGAUGGCGGAAAGAGGAAAGAAGAGAGUGCAGCGGCGGACGACGACCGCAAGUGCAGAGUGUGCCGCUUCCCUCUGCUUGUGGCUCUGUCGCAGCUGCUCCUGGGGGUAGCCGUCACAGUGGUGGCCUUUCUCAUGCUGGCCAUCAGCCCUUCACUCCUGGCCAGAGAGACGCCACAUUGGGCUGGGAUCAUUCUCUGUUUGGUUGCCAUUGUGGGAUUCAUCCUGUACUGUGUCACCUAUCACCCAGAUGAGCGCUCAACAGUGCAGUUCAUUGUCAAGCUCCUGUACUUUACCUUGUGUGUCCUCGGCCUGGUCAUAUCCACAUUGGUUAUGGCUUUUGCCGGAUACCACCAUGCGCAGAUCAGCAGCUUCAGCUGCCUGCCCACCGCCGAGGCCUGCGUGUGCACGUUGGACCCCCGUGACCCCAUAGCUCGCACUUUCACCUACGAGGGCGUCCGCGACUGCCAGGACAUCACCGAGACGCUCGCGCUCUACCAUUUGCUCCAGAUUGUGCUGAACCUGGCCCAGGCCUUCUUCUGCGCUGUGGGCGCUUUCAUCAUGUGGAAGCACCGCUACCAAGUCUUCUUCUCCGGCCUUCAAAUCGGAUCUUUCCAGCGGUGGAACAAGGCUUAACAGGAUGACUCAGUAGAUCACAGGGGACACGCCAACUUUGGCUCUUUAGCGUGAUGUCUUGCCCAUCUCGUCUGGUAAUUGUGUGAUGUAUAAAAUGCAUUUUUGUACCACUUUUGUAUGUCGCAACUGGUGAGCAGGGUCAUUUGCUUCAGAAUUGUCAUCAGAUUAUACAGGCAUUUUGUAAGAGAUUUCAACCUCUGAAUUAUUCCAUCGCAAGCAAGUAUGUGCUCUAAAUGUGUUUGUAUUGCAGAGCGUAAUGCACAAGAUGAAAAUGGCAUGUUAUAUGCUCAACCUUGUGGAAAAAAAAUCACUUUUGGUGUUGACUUUCUUAGAUUUCAUUGCCAGCCUCCCUAGUAUAUAGCGAACAGACUAUUUUUAUGUUCUGGUGAAAGUCUUUCCAUUCUCUGCAAACCAAGGCAAAACCGUGCAUGAAAAUCAGUGUCUUGCUUUUAAUUUAUUGUUUUGCAGCCCAAGAGUCACAUUACUUCAUUUUCAGUGGCAUGUGGUUCAUUCUUUAUGUGUAAGAUGUUGAAGUGUUGAAGCAAACGACAAAAGUAAAAAAAAUACUUCCCCCA